UUCAAACAGAAAAAUAAAAAAAAUCUCUCAUUUUCAUUUUCUAUUGAUUUUUAGUGAAUUAAUUAUUAUUAUUAUUCUUUUAAUUGUACCAAUUAUUUAAUUAGUCGAUUCUUUUGUGUAUUUAGAGUUGUUUUUCGUUGUAUUGGUUUGGUUAAAGUUUUCUACUUUGUGAUCGUUUCCAUUUUUGGAUCUUAUUGAUGUGAUGAUUUUUUUUUGUUUUUCUUUUCAUUUGUUUUUUAUUUUUUAAUUGUUGUGUCAAGUGAUUAGAUUGUGGUUUUUGAUCAUGUUUGAUGAAGAUGGUGACGAUGGUAUUAUCAUCUAUGGGACUCCGUUGCCACCAUUAGAGGAUAAUGAGAAUGCCAGUAAAAAACCUGAGAUUGACCUUACGGUUAGAGACUGGAAAGGUAGACGUCGAUUCCAUGGUGCUUUUACCGGUGGAUUUUCAGCUGGAUACUUUAAUUCUGUUGAUACUGAGAAAGGUUGGAUACCCUCACAAUAUGUGUCCAAGAAAGGUGAACGUUGGGAUAAAAAGUUACUCUCAAAUAAACCGGAAGAUUUCAUGGACGAAGAGGAUUUCAGUCUAUUCGGAAUUGCUCCGAAAAAGGUUCAUACCAAAGAUAAUUUUAAGGGACCAGAGCCUGAAGCAUUUGCUGGUCUUCGAGAUUCUAAUGCAUCACUUAUUGAUGUUCUCAGGGAUAUAAUUAAACCUACUAACCAGUCGAUUGGUGUUAAAUUGUUCACAAUAAUGAAAAAAGGACGAAAGUAUAAAGGAGCGUUCAUAAAACCAAAGACUAAUGCAAAAGUCUAUGGAUGUAGUAUGCCUCCACAAUUUUCAACAUCCAAAGAUGACAAUGAAAAUGAUUCUGAUGGUGAAUCGAUAAUUAGACCAGAAAUAUUUUCCUUACCAUAUAAACCUAAAAAUGAUUUCCAUGGAAUCGGUUACAAGUCUUUAAAAUCAAUCAUCUCAAAUGAGAAAGAAGAAUCUAUCCCAAUAGCUGCAGUUCUUGGUGGAAAUAAACGUCUAAUGAUUUCAGGUGAAGCAUUUGGAUAUGGGGCUUUAGAAGAAGAUGAUGAUGAUUACGCAGAGGAUGCAAUGGUUUACUCUAAAGUUGAUCUAUCAAAAUAUGAUUUCGAAAUCGGAUCAGUUAAAAAGAUUAAGCCCGAACCAAGUACUUCGGCCAUACCAUCAAAUCGAAAGGGAAUCCUUGAAGGAUUUACUCUCGCCGCAAGAAUUGAAUCAAUUUACUCGUCCAAGAGUAAAUUGCCCGAUAUUCCAAGAAAUUGGAAGCCUCAUCCUCCCUUUUUAAAAAGCAAACGAACCUCUAGAUGGAACCAAUCUUCGUCUUCCUCUUCAACAACAACCGAAGAUGUCAAACCAACCUCAGCAAUUAUCGAACAAUUCAAAUCGCUUCCUUCUUCAAACUCUAAGCCUGUAAAUAGAUCUAAACCCCUAGAUGCCAAUACUCGAGCCGUUUUACUUGGAGAGGAAGUUGACAUUGUGGUGGGAAUAAAAAAGCCAAACGAAUCUAAGCCUUCAACUAUCACCUCCGAAUCUGAGGUGAAAAAGAGUCAAUCAGAUCGACCGGUAGCACCUUCUCAUCCCAUGAGUGCUUUUUUCUCGAAUCGAUUUGUUCAAAGCUCUGAACUUGAGGAGGAGAAACUUAAACCAGGAUUAGUUGAAGCAAAAAGUAUUAAUUACAUGAAACCAAAAUCUACACAAGAAGAUGAACUAAACGAUGAAUCAAAAGUUGGUACAACUAAACGAGAAACCUUCCAAUGGCAUCCACAUACUCUGUCUAAAAGGUUCAAUGUUCCUCAUCCUUAUCCACAAUUUCCUGAUGUUGUUGGAAUAAUCAACAUCAAUCGUGAUCAAAUGAUCUCAGAUAAUAAGAAGAUUCCAAGCUCCAAGCCAAAUAUUUUCAGUUCACUAACAGAUUCACCAACAGUUUCAUCAACUCCUUCCAUCUCGAAAACUGAGACGAAUACAAUUCCUCGUCCAAGUUCAUCAUCAACCUCUAUCAUUGAGAAAAAUUCUGAAGAAAUUCCUGAGAAAAUUGAACGACCUCCUUUGGAUUUAUUCAAAGCAAUUUUCGCUUCCGAUGAAUCAGAAUCAGAUGAUGAAGAUGAAGAUGAAGAUGCCGAGAAGAAGAAGAAGAAAGAUGAAAAUAAAGAUAAAGAGAAAGAGAAAAUAGAAAUAAAAUCAACUAUAAAUCCAACAAGUUCCGAGAAAGAUGAAUUAAAAGAAUCAUCAAAAGCGACUAUUGAUAAGUCGAUAAAUUUAUCAAUUGUUUCUCGUGAUCAAGUUAUCCAACCCCAACCAUCAACAUCUAAAGCGGGAAUUUUUUCUGGCCUCAAUUUAGAUUUAAUCAACAAGAAGAUCUCAUAUGCAUUACCCACCAAAGAUCAUGGAGAUUCAGAUAAUGAUGCGCUAACACUAGAAUCUCAAGUGAUGAAAAAGGAUAAACAAGAUGUAGAGAGUGUUGAUGAUUCUUAUGGACCCGUUUUACCACCAGACAAUUUAAGUACAUCAUAUGAGAAAAGCAAUUAUAAGAAAAAAGAUAAAAAAAGGAAAAAAUCUAAAUCUAAAUCUAAAUCUAAACAUAAAUCAAAGAAAUCAAAAUCUAAACAUCGCCGACGAUCAACAUCAAGCGAAAGUGAUUCAGAUGAAAGCAAUUCCAGUGAUUCGGAUGAGAUUCAUGCUAAAAGACACAAAUCGUCUCAUCAUUCAAAAAGAUCAACAUAAUAACUGAUGAAAUUUUAUUUCAUAAAAUUAAAUGAAUUUAUUCAAAUGAAAAUUGUAAAAAUCUCACCAUUAUAUUAAUUUUAUGUAAAUGAAUCAAUAAUGUUUUUUAUUUGAUUGUUUCGUUAGCAAAUGAAAAUGUUCAUUAUAACAAUUAAUGGCCAUCAAACUGA